AUGCCUGAAAACAGUGAGUUUGAAGACAAUAUUGUAAUGGCCUGCAUCUUUAUGAUAGCAGUUUUUGGGCUGAUCAGCAAUGGUUUAUCUUUGUACUUAACACGUACGAAGUCACGAUUUCGUAAUGCGUUUGGAAUUUUAUGCAGUAGCUUUCUGAUAUGUAAUUUGCAAGCUAUAUUUGUUCUUCUUACAUGGUGUACCAUUGUCCUGAGCUUCAAAUCUCCAAUACUAUCAUCACCGAAACUGUUUUCCGUACGAUUGGUUGGCGUUUUUUUGAACGGAGGAUGGUUUGGAGCACUUGUUAUGCACUUUCUCAUAGCCCUCAAUAGAUUUUAUGCUUUUGUUUGUGCGAUAAAAUAUAAUCAAUUAUGGUCGCACUCCAAGACUUUCAAAAUUAUAAUCAUCUCUUGGUCAUUUUCAAUGGUUUAUUGCACUCAUCACUUAUACAAAAACUGUUCAUAUCUAUUUAAUUAUGGUUCGAUGUAUCGUUGGUUGCAUCAUACCUCAUUCCACGGUCAAAUAUGUGCCAGAAUUGAUGCUAUAGUAUCAAUAGUUUUGGUAGUAGCAAUGACAUUCAUCGAUUUCAUUACUUUAGUCAAAAUACUUGCAUACCGUAGAACAAUGCUAACAGUGUCAACUGGUAGUGCUAUUAACGAAGGAGAAGUAUUGUUCUUCAAACAGUCAUGCAAACUUGGCUUGAUUUACAUCUUGUGCUGUAUUACAUUCAAUGUUCCUUCAUAUUUCACCACCGAUAAAUGGAUACUAUUUAUAUCAAGCACGAUUGCAUUGCUUGGAACACAUUCCUUGGAUGGAUUAAUCUUUCUGGUUUUCCACCGAAAGCUAAUCAGCAAAACAAAUUUCGGUGGAACAUCAAUAGCACCCAAUGUAAACUUGAAUGUGUUUCAAACGGAGCAGUGA